AUGGCCAAUUGUCGGUCAAAAGGUCACAUUGGUGUCGUGUGCAACACAUGGGUGUCGUGUGCACCGUCAUGGUGCCGUGUGCCUAUUCUCGAACUUUCCGUCUGGUCAAUUGUAGGUCGCAUUGGUUAUCAGAGGCAGCUGAAUUACAAGCACCUGGAUGGCUCUUACAGCACAUUUGGGGAGCAUUACAGGCAGCCGGGGAAUACCUGGCUGACGGCCUUCGUCCUCAAGUCCUUCGCGCAGGCCCGCUCUCACAUCUUCAUCGAGGAGAAGCACAUCCAGGACGCCCUGUCCUGGCUCGCUGGCAAGCAGAAGGAAAACGGCUGCUUCCACAGCUCUGGGACGCUCCUGAACAAUGCCAUAAAGGGUGGGGUGGACGAUGAGGUCACGCUCUCUGCCUACAUCACCAUCGCGCUGCUAGAGAUUCCUCUGCCCAUCACUGUACGUAUCCACACGCACAAAGUCCCCUUCAUGAGUUCCCCUGGGUCUUAA